AUGUCCUCCGUGAAAGAAGGCCGUAUCACGAAAUCCAAGUCCAAAAGAGCGCGCAGCGCAACAAGACGCGUCUCCAACAAAUCGUCGGUAGCGGUAGUCGAACAGACCAACGCACUAUCCAUCGAGGACUUCAUCGCUCAAUACGUGACUCCGCUCACACAAGGUGAUCCAUUGAAAAACGAUGGGAUCAAUCAAUCAAUACAAGUCCAGGACCAGCCACAGCUGAGCCAAGAUGAUACCGCCGGACUACCAAUGGAGAUCUACUCCGCAGCAACGAUUCGAGCCUCCGAUCUGGAAGCAUGUCUCGAUUUGGUCGAGCAGACAUCUAGCGAGGACUACGCUGCCGCUGCGAGUGGCGGCUGGUCGCGUACCAAGAAACGGAAAGAGAUGAAGUUGCCUGAUAUGAAAUAUCUAAUUCUGCGUGACCUGCCAAACCUCCGCUCUAAUUCUAGUGGGACGGACGCUGCGGCUGAGAAGCAGAGUGAGGUCACCGAUGGAAAGGCCGUAGAGAAUCGCGACGAGCUGGUUCAGACGGGCAAUUCUGGUUCUCCGAACGUGCUCGGAUUCUUGUCGUUUAUGGUUACCUACGAGGAUGGGAAGGAGGUUGUUUACUGCUACGAGAUCCACUUGUCGCCGACGGCCCGGGGGCGGGGCGUCGGGAGGGUGCUUAUGGAGCGGAUGGAGGGCAUUGGUCGGGCUGUUGGCUUGGAGAAGGCCAUGUUGACGGUUUUCAAGUCGAAUGAGGUUGCUCGGCGGUUCUAUGAGCGGCUUGGGUAUGAGGUUGAUGAGUUCUCGCCCCGACCGCGGAAGUUGCGCAACGGGACUAUUAAGGAGUACGGCUAUUUGAUUUUGUCGAAAAGGCUGAAAUUGUGA